CUAAAAGCUGUUUUCUCGCUGAAAGAUAGGACUACGUAUUGAAUUUAGGGUCAAACGAGGAUAGGCCUGCUUUAUUAUUUUCAGCUGCUGAGUGAGGGUUUUAGCUUCUCAAAAUUAUCCACAAAGCAGCAGGCAGGAAGUAUUUUUUUUUGGAACAGUCUCCAAAUUAUUUGAUGACCUUGCUUUUAUGGAAGUUUUAAAAAACUGAAUAUACAACAACUACCCAUUUUUGAAGUUUUUAUAAAAUCUGGAUUUUCUGUUCUUGGGCACUCACUAUGUCCAUCCCAGGAACAGCUGCAUCUAAUCAGAUGGUUCUUGGUCAGACAACUCCAGGUCUCAAACAAAUUAAUCUUGAUCAGAUUUGGGGUGACCUCAAGGCUGGUAUUGAACAAGUGUACGUGCAUAAACAUGAAAGCAUGUCCAAGAGCCGAUAUAUGGAACUGUAUACGCAUGUAUAUGAUUACUGCACUAGCGUCCACCAGUCUGGGCCUAGAACAGCUGCCACAAAGUCAAAGAAAGGUCAACCUCCAGGAGGAGCUCAGUUUGUUGGUCACGAAAUUUAUAAAAGGUUAAAAGAUUUCUUGAAGACCUAUCUAGUAGACUUACUUCAGGAUGGAGUAGAUCUCAUGGAUGAAGAAGUUCUGAAGUUCUAUACCAAUCAGUGGGAAGAAUAUCAAUUUUCUAGUAAGGUCCUUAAUGGAAUAUGUGCCUAUCUGAACAGACACUGGGUAAAGAGAGAGUGUGAUGAAGGUCGCAAAGGAAUUUAUGAGAUUUAUCAGCUGGCUCUUGUGUCAUGGAAGGACAAUCUUUUUAAACCUUUAAACAAACAGGUAACUAAUGCUGUGCUGAAAUUGAUAGAAAGGGAAAGAAAUGGAGAAACUAUUAACACAAGACUCGUCAGUGGAGUAAUGCAUUGCUAUGUUGAAUUAGGGCUGAAUGAGGAUGAACCGACAGCUAAAGGACAGAACUUAUCAGUUUACAAGGAAUCUUUCGAGACUACAUUUUUAGUAGACACUGAAAGGUUUUAUACAAGAGAAAGUACGGAAUUUCUACGGCAGAACCCAGUCACAGAAUAUAUGAAAAAGGCAGAACAAAGGCUAUUGGAAGAAAAAAGAAGAGUACAACUCUAUCUUCAUGAGACCACUCAAGACAGUUUAGCAAAAACAUGUGAAAAAGUUCUAAUAGAAAAACACCUAGAAAUAUUUCAUUCUGAGUUCCAAAAUCUCUUGAAUGAUGACAAAAAUGAAGAUCUAGCAAGAAUGUUCCAGUUAGUUUCUCGAAUACCAGAUGGUCUUGGGGAGCUCCGAAGUCUGCUGGAAGCUCACAUUCACAAUCAGGGCCUAAGUGCAAUUGAAAAAUGUGGUGAUGCUGCUCUUAAUGAUCCUAAACUAUAUGUGAACACCAUUUUGGAAGUCCAUAGAAAAUAUAAUGCUUUAGUAAUGACAGCUUUUAAUAAUGAAGCUGGUUUUGUAGCAUCAUUGGAUAAGGCAUGUGGAAAAUUCAUUAACAACAAUGCUGUCACCAAAAUGGCUAAUUCCUCCAGCAAGUCCCCUGAGUUGCUUGCCAAGUACUGUGAUCUGCUUUUAAAGAAGAGUUCCAAGAACCCUGAGGAGACAGAAUUAGAGGACACCCUUAACCAAGUUAUGAUUGUAUUUAAGUACAUUGAAGACAAAGACGUAUUCCAGAAAUUUUAUAGUAAAAUGUUAGCAAAGAGAUUAGUCCAGCAUAUGUCUGCUAGUGAUGAUGCUGAGGCUAGUAUGAUUUCUAAACUAAAGCAAGCCUGUGGAUUUGAAUACACCUCUAAACUUCAAAGGAUGUUCCAAGACAUUGGUGUUAGCAAGGAUCUAAAUGAACAGUUUAGAAAACAUCUGGCAACUUCUAGUGAACCAUUAGAUUUGGACUUCAGCAUUCAGGUGUUAAGCUCAGGCUCCUGGCCUUUCCAGCAGUCUUUCACAUUUGCUCUCCCACAAGAAUUAGAACGGAGUGUUCAAAGGUUUUCUAUGUUCUAUGGCAGUCAGCACAGUGGCAGAAAACUCCACUGGCUGUACAACAUGUCCAAAGGUGAACUCAUCACUAAUUGUUUCAAAAAUAGAUACACACUUCAGGCUUCAACUUUCCAGAUGGCUGUACUUCUCCAAUUUAACACAGGAGAUAGUUUUCCAGUUCAUCAGCUACAAGAAAGCACUCAGAUCAAAAUGGAUACACUAAUGCAAGUAGUUCAGAUACUCCUUAAAUGUAAACUUCUGGUGUGUGAUGAAGAAGAUUCAGAAUUACAGUCUUCAUCGGUGGUAUCACUGUACUUUGGAUACAAAAACAAGAAGCUUCGAGUGAAUAUCAAUGUUCCUCUGAAGACUGAAUUAAAGGUUGAACAAGAAACAACACAUAAGCAUAUAGAAGAAGACAGAAAACUUCUGAUUCAGGCUGCAAUUGUCCGGAUCAUGAAGAUGCGUAAAGUACUUAAGCACCAACAGCUCUUACUUGAAGUUCUAAACCAACUAUCAUCUAGAUUUAAACCAAGGGUUCCAGUCAUUAAGAAAUGUAUAGACAUUCUUAUAGAGAAAGAGUAUUUAGAGAGGACAGAAGGACAAAAGGAUACAUACAGCUAUCUAGCUUAAUCAGUGGACACAACAGGAUUGAUUAACUUGUGCCCUAGGUAGCUACACUGCUUCAAGUUGCUGUGUGCAGACAGCAACUUGUGUCCUUUGUGCCUGUAACAUGAGUAUGACAGUUGAGGUGAAACAGGCAGAAAAUGUUGUAAAUACAUUCUAGCUUCUGGACAGUUGUUGGAGACUUGUUAAUAUUCUUUUGCUUGUUUUUGAUGCUCCUCAACAUUUGAGAACUUUUUCUGUACAGUUUUAUUUCUUAGUUUUAUGCUGUAAGAAUCAUUGGGACAUCAUUUUUAGGAUGGGUCUAUUAAAGCUUAAUAAAAUAUUGACUAAUAUUUGUUUCCAAAAAAAAAAGUAUUUAGUUGUUUUUUUCUUUGCGUGUGCAUGUUCAUUUUCUGUGAAAAUUGUUAAUGGUUUAAAAUUUAUUUAUAUUCAAACUACUUAUUUCAAAUUGCUUUCAACAUUCUUUUUAUAAGAAGAGAAGACUAAAAAACAUGAUGGUAUAAUUGAGUGAUAUACGUUUUUGUUGGAAAAGGUGGGGUUAGAAUUUCAUGCUAUAUCACCAGGAUCUGAAAUAACAUGGUGUAUCAAUAUAUAUGGAACUGAAGUAAUGACUAUGUUGAAAUAGAUAGCUGUUUUGUGAAUCCUUUAACAUAGCAUUUGAAUAAGUUGUAUUUAAAAACUUGAAAACUGUUAUAUUUAUAGUUACACACUGAGUGAGAGCAAAUAGUGUAAAUGGGUAUAUUGAUCUUCCUUAUUGCAAACGUUACUACAAUUAAGUCAGAGUUCUGUAUACAUCUAAUAAGUUUUGUAGAGCCAGAAAGGCAUUAAUUUUUUUUGUUAAGAAUUUUGGUGUCAAAAUGACAUCACUCUUGGUUAGCCAAUACAAGUAAUCUUUGUAACACUUAAUAUCUUCAUGACCAUUAAGUAUAAUUUUUUCCAUUAAUGCCCCUUGGUUUUGUUGUGGUUAGGAUAUUGUAAGAUUAUGUUUCUCACCCAAAAUAUUGAACACAAUAUGAUAUAUAUUACCUUGUAAUCAGUGAGAGACUUAAAAAUUGUAGCUCUAGUGUAGCUAGGUUAAUAAUUACAAUUAAUAAUUGUAUGACUAAAUAUUACUUUCAAAACACUUAUUGAUGCCAUAGAAACAGUAUUUGUUUUUGCAAGAGCUAAUUAGCAAACUAAUUGAAUAGUAAAACUGUAUAAACAAGGUUAUUGCACUAAAUCUGAGUUCAUUUAACAGUGCUUUUUUUUUUCUUUUACGUAAAUGGGAGGGAGAUUUAAAGUUUAAUUAUUGAUACACAAAUUUAUAAACUCAAAUUGGUUUAUGCCUUUUGUGUUUGGUAGCUGCCGUUAAGUUCAACAAUAGUGUCCUUGAAAUGUAUGGUGACUAAUGUUUUAUUAAUAUAAAGACGUUUUGUAACAUGUUAGAUACUGUGGAAUGUACAUUUAUAAGUACAGCCAAGUUAAGUCUAAACAUUGUUGAACUAAGUUGCCUGUAUAUUGAUACAUGAAACAAAUAUUCGUUGGUAUGCUGAAUUACUAAACACACACACACACACAAAUAACUCCCAAGUUGUUCGUAAUUUUUUUAUAAUAGUUUAAAAGUAUCACACAAGUGUUAUUUAUAUCAGUGAGAUUCAAAGUACAUCAAACAAACUUGUACUCUCUACCCAAAUAAAUUUUAACGUAGGCACGUGCUUUUACCAGAAAUCAACCCAGUGUGUUACAAACUAAAAAUACAGAGCAUGCCCAUGACAAAUAUGCACUGGUAGUAGGUUGCAACUUUCACACCAUUACGUUAAUUAUGGCAAGUAUUUUUUUUUAAUACAUGCAAAGGUGGGGAUGGGAGUGUAAGGACUUUGAUCCCCUGGAAGCUCCAGGGUUUUGGGCUUUAAUUAUCUGUAACUUUAUAAUAAAAAAAAGUUCAGUGACUAUCAGUUUUUGUUUUGUUUUCUUAAGUAUCUUUUAUUAUUAUUUUGCAGCAUUGAACUAUUCGGAGGUGCACGAUGAUGUGCGUAAUACCGAAGUUAGGUAUGAGGGUUGGUAUUUCCUGAACCACUAUAAGCCAAUAGAGAAUUGAGAAAAUAAUGGCUGCUGAUGUUAGCUUCUGUAGUAGUUUGCUUAUAGAUUAAUAGUGUAGGUCUUGGAAUUAUCAUUUGCACAACUUGAGACUUCUUGGCUUUUUCGUUACGAUUUUAAAAAUCUCGUGAUUUAGAAAGUAUCUUAAAAACAAAGUUGAGGAGAAACGGCCGUUUGUUUUUUUAAAUUCAGAACGUUGGUUAUGAUAAAUAU